GGACCCAGCAGGUAGCCGUAAGGAGGAGCAAGCGUCGCCUUAGCAACGGGCAGGGUUUAGCUAAAUGAUUAGCAGCCAGACUCAUGUAAACUGAAAGGAAUUAAUCGUGGAAGUGAAAGACGCCUUACAUUUGUAGUUCAGUAUCGGAAGCCUCGAUGGCUUCAGGCAACCCGUCAGUGUUUCUCCUCACGGUCAACGGACAAAUUGAAGGAGCGAACUUUCCAGAGUAUGACAACUUGUACUGCAAAUAUUGUUUUGUCUACGGCCACGACUGGGCUCCAACCUCGGGGUUGGAGGAAGGCAUCACUCAAAUAACCUGCAAAGGCAGUCAAUCUUCACAUAAACUAAUAUGGAACUUUCCACUGGAGACGACGUUUAAGAGCACAAACCCCUCCGGAUGGCCGCAGCUUGUGGUGAGCGUGUACGGUCCAGAUGUGUUUGGCAACGAUGUGGUCAGGGGCUACGGAGCAACACAUGUCCCCUUCACACCGGGACAACACACACGAACCAUCCCCAUGUUUGUUCCCGAGCCCACGUGGAGACUACAGAAAUUCACAAGCUGGCUGUUGGGACGGAGGCCUGAGUACACAGACCCUAAAGUGGUGGCCCAGGGUGAAGGCAGAGAAGUGACACGGGUUCGUUCCCAAGGCUUCGUCACAGUCUCCUUUCACAUAAUGACCAAGGACAUGAAGAAACUAGGCUACGACACUGGACCAUCAAGCCCUGUGAACACACCGUCUGCCACAUCUGGCUGGUCAACAGAGGAACAACAGUACACAACGUAACACAACAGAAGAAACAACUCAACAACCCAAAACUUACAUUAAACACUAAAGGACUAGUUCGAUUCCCAAGUGAGGAAAUCCACAACACUGUCAUGUCACUGUUUCUUCAGAAACAAGGUGGCAAGAAUGCAAGAUACACACUCCUGUGCCUAGUGUUUUUAGUAAAGAUGUGAAGAAAUAAUCGAAAGUUUAGGUUUACUCGAAUAUAAGCAGUUUCGAAUUUUCUUUUUUUUGCAAUUUGUUUUUCUACUUUUUUAAAUAAAUAUGGAUUAUAUCUUUGAA